AUGCAUUUCUCCACCUACACCCUGCUGGCCCCCACGGUCCUCAUCUCCCUCUCUCAGGCCAAGAACAUCGACAUCAUCGUCGGCAAGAGCGGUCUUACCUUCGAGCCCAACUCGACCACGGCGGACGAGGGCGACACCCUGACCUUCAAGUUCUGGCCCAAGGCCCACUCGGUCGUUCAGGGUGCCUUCGACUCGCCGUGCACGCCCAUCGACACUGGCUUCAACUCCGACUUCGUCCCGGUCGAGUCGGGCGCCGCCAACCGCACCUUCGUCGUGACCGUCAACAACACCAACCCCAUCUGGUACUACUGCUCCCAGGGCAAGCACUGCCAGAACGGCAUGGUGGGCGUCAUCAACCCUCCUUCGAACAACCGAUCCAGGACCCUCGCUGCCUACUCUUCCGCCGCCGCCGACGUCUCCGAGGCUGAGACGCCCGACAGCGUCCGCGGCGGUGUCUUCGAGUCUUCUUCUUCCUCAUCGUCGUCGUCCGGCAGCUCCUCGAGCUCCACUCCUUCCGGCUCUGCCGCCACCCCCGCCUCGUCGACCGGCGCCGGUGUCUCCCUCGUUGGCCAGGGCGCUGCUGGUGUUGCUGGUCUCGUUGCCGUCGUCGCUGGUCUGUGGGGCUUGUAA